AUGUGCCGCUGGCGGAGUUGGCUGACGAAGAACAUGCUGCUGCUGAUGACGCUGGCCGGGAUAGUCGGAGGAGUGAUAGUCGGAGGAGUGCUCCGAUCGGCCGAACCGUCUCCGGAAGUCAUCCGAUACGUCGGAUUCCCCGGCGAGCUCUUCAUGAACAUGCUCAAAGCGAUGGUCCUUCCGCUGAUUGCGGCCAGUAUUGUCUCAGGUGAGAUUCUUAUUAAAAACUAUCGAGAAGUACUCAAUCCUCACACGUUCAGGCCUCUCCCAACUGGACGGCAAGACGUCCGGGCGUCUGGGCUCUCGGGCGGUGAUGUACUACGUGCUGACGACGACGCACGCAGUCAUUCUCGGAAUCAUCGUCGUCUCGAUCAUCCAUCCCGGAGAUCCGGCCAUCAAACAGGGAAUGGGACUCGAGGAGGGCGCGGCUGCCGACGUCUCCGCCGCCCAGAAGUUCCUCGACCUCUUCAGGUUCGUUUCUUGAGAUUCGGACAAAAAUUGUUGCUGUUUUGUUCCAGAAAUGCAUUCCCAGAGAACAUAAUGCGUGCGACGUUCUCCCAAGUGCAAACCGCCUACGUGAACCAGACGACCAAGCACGGAACAGUUCUAAAAGUACCAAAAACGGAGUAUGUCAACGGGAUGAACGUGUUGGGUAUGAAAGUACAGUAACCCUCCGAUUCAAUCCAAAUGUGCUCCAGGCAUAAUAGUGUUCUGCAUCGUGAUGGGUCUCGUCAUCUCGCGACUCGGCGAGGAAGCGAAGCCCCUUGCGAAUCUGUUCCACGCGCUCGACCUAGUCAUCACCCGGAUGGUGAUGAUCAUCAUGUGGCUCGGCCCGAUCGGCAUCCCGUCGCUCAUUGCCCAGAAGAUGCUGGAGGUGUCUGACCUGGCGGAGACGGCCCGCAUGCUCGGCCUCUUCAUGUUCACCGUCAUCGUGGGCCUCGCCAUCCAGGCCUUUGUCACUCUGCCCCUCAUCUUCUUCAUCGGCACCCGCCACUACCCGUACCGUUUCUUGCGCGGCCUCGGACAGGCGGUUCUGACGGCCCUCGGCACUUCCUCGAGUGCCGCCAGUCUGCCGGUCACCUUCCGUUGCCUCAACAAACUCGGCGUCGAUCCGAGAGUGACCAAGUUCGUGUUGCCCGUCGGCGCGAUGGUCAACAUGGACGGGACGGCGCUCUACGAAGCGACCGCCUCCAUCUUCAUCGCCCAAAUGAACGGACUGGACCUGUCGGUCGGACAGAUCGUCACCGUCUCCAUCACUGCCACGUUGGCCUCCAUCGGCGCCGCCUCGAUCCCUUCCGCCGGACUCGUCACCAUGCUCAUCGUGCUCACCGCACUCGGCCUUCCCGCCACCGACAUUUCGCUCCUCUUACUAUUGAUUGGUUUUUGUAAGCGAAAAUUAAAGGAAGAAAUUGAGAAGUGUUUUGAGGGGCCGCCUACGCACGAGCGUCAAUAUAAUCGGCGACGCGUUGGGAUGCGGAUUCGUGCAUUAUUUGUGCGCAGAUCAUCUGAAUGCCGACGUGGCGGAGGCGGAAAAGAACAACGCUGUCGUCGAGGUUCAUGUAAAAAACGAGAUUUUCCGUUGCUCACUGAAAAUUCGCAUUUUUCAGGGCGUAAACUUGGAGGAGCUCGAGAAAGAGUGUGCACAAGAGAAUCACAACGAUAAAAGAACAGUAAUAGAUGUCUAAUAUCAGCGAUUCGUUAAAAAUGGUGCAGUUUCGCCAGAGCACAAGCAUUUUCUUCUAUUUUUCUUUAUUUCUCUGCCCCGAUGAAAAAUUAAUAGAAAAAAAACAUUUCAGUGAAUUUUCAAUGUAUUUCUGUCAUUUUAACCUGAAUAAAUUAUUUCUCAUGCGUCCUUAGCACACGGUGAUUCUUUGCGAGGGUGUAGUGAGAAACCCGCCGCGAACUCGGCCACCAUUCAAAGAAGGGGCGUGGUCUUGCGCAAUUGCCGCACGCAAUUUUGCAAGUUUGGCGCGCGCGCUUUCUGUUUAGCCGCAAUUGUUUCCGACAGCAUUUUGAAGACGUUCUUACUGCUUUUCAGGAAUAUUACACAGCGCUGUUAUUGGUUUUUGCUGUUGGCAAUUUUUCUCUGUCGAUAACAAUUACUAAAAAAUAAUAAAGCUUCUAUAAACUGCGUUCUUUCAUGUUUGAGAUGAAAAAAAUACAAAAACUCAGCCGAAAAACAAGCAUUAAUUGACAGAGAACAAGCGCUAAAAUAUGAAACAAGCGCGAAAUUCGUGAAAAAUUCCCCAUGGCCGAGUUUCUUCGGUUCGGCCUCCUGGCCUAACUUCUGGCGUGGCCUAAUAAUUUCUUGUUCAGCCGGGGGACUCGGCGGAAACCGUGGCCUAGUACCACGGCCUGCGACCCCGGGCCAAAUGGACUAGAAUUUUCCUCGUCACCCUCGCAAAGAAUCACCGUGUAGCAGGAAAAGCUGAAAACCUGAAUUUAAAAGCGCGCCGAAAGUUGUUUGUACGGUGGAGCGCACUUGCUUACCGCCACUCGGCGUCGAUUUCUCCGUCGAUUCUCGCCGUUUCAUCGCCGAUUUCAGCUCAAUUUCUAUCGUUUUUCCGCAUUUUUCAGUAAAAAUCUGUCAAAAGAUAAUAAUUUGAUCAUUUUCCAGUAAUGGACCCCACAUAUUACGGCCAUGACGGCGAAAAUACGCGGCAACGGUCGAACAGCACCGCCGGCGGGCCUCCCGACGAACAAAACGGACAGUUUGGCGUGCAAGCACAACUCGGAAAGAUGGUUUUACUCGAUUUCCAUUGUAUUCUAGUCUAAAAUGCGUUUUUCAGAUGUGGGAGGCCGGAUCGAAGCAAGUUCAAGACACUUUCAAGUCCUACGGCCGGAUAGACCUAUUCCGGCCGUAUUUCGACGUGGAACCGGCGGAAGUACGUGAUUUAAGCCGAAUAUCGAAGAAAAACUUGAUUUUCAGGUCAGAACGCGAUUAAUUCGCUCAUUUAUCCCUCGGAAACCGUCUCAAAUUCAAGUUUCGCCCGAUUUGUACGGUCCGUCGAUGAUCGUCCUCACAAUGGUUGCUCUGCUGCUGUAUAACAUGAAAACUAGCGGGUAAAUUGAGAAAUAGAAUCGAACAUCGAAAACAUUAAAAAAAUAUUGCUUCAGAAUCGUGAUUCAAAACGGAACUCUGAUGGGAACGGCCAUGUUCACCUGCUUCGGCAGCUGGAUGCUCAUUUCUGGAGCCAUUUGGGUCGCCUGUUUCUUGUUGGCCGCCGAACAGCCAUUCCUCACCAUUUUAUCCACGUUUGUGAGUGAUUUAUACAGUGAAAAACUCUUGUGCUCGUAUUAAGUGCUCUCGUUAUUCAAUUGAGACAAAACUAGAAGAUCAUAGCCCAUAGAAGUAAUGGAGACACUUGGGGCAACCUGACAACCUCCAAUCUAGUCAUUAGUGAACUUUUUAAAAAUUAGAGUUUCAGGGUUAUUCGCUGGCGUCGCAGUGCCUCGUGCUCCUGCUCACUUCACUUUUCCACUCAUCUCACGACCACCUCUUCUUUUUCGUCCUUCUCGCCUCGUUUUGCGCACCUUCCGCCCUUCGAAUGGUAAUUUUUGCAAUUUGAUUUUUUUCCAGUCAUUUUCUCGAUUUUCAGGGUCUAAUUGUGUGCCAACAGUCGCGGAUCCCGGCCAAUCGGCUCAUUUUGAUCGGAUUCGCAAUUGCCGCCCAUUUAUUGCUCAUCAUCUACCUCCAUUUCGGAUUUCACGUCGUUUUGGAAGGUACAAAUGGAUUUCCAGAAAUUUCCGCAUUUUUUAUCUUGCAGAACUCGACGAAAUUGUGGGCGAUGCGAUCGAAAUGCAAGUCGUUCAGGACAGCCUUUCCAAUGCAUAA